AUGGCGUCGCCUUCUGCAUUGCCCUCCGCCCUCAGAUGGCCCCUGGAUGCCGCCGCCUCGCCGCUAUCCUUCACCGGCUCUUCUCUCUGUUCUUGCCGCCGCGAGAGCGGCAGGCUCCAGUUGCUCCGUCCCAGGAGUUCAUCCUCUUCCUCCGAUGCGGCCACCUCCUCCUCCUCUGCGUCUCCCUCCUCUCCAGGUCCCCGGACAGCGAGGACGGGGGCCUUUAGUCGGGAGGGACUCCACCCCUUCUUCAAGGAGCACUCGAAGAGCAGUACCAACUCGACUGAUGAUCAUGGCGGUCUGAUUAAAGGGGGAAAGGUCGCCAGAGCGCCGGCGGCAGUGGCGUUCUCCUCGGGGAGUGCCGACGAACGCUCGGAUGUAGGAUUCGUGGCUCAGAUGCCGGGGAGGCAUGGUUCCCUGAAGCCGGUCCAGAGGCAUCCCCUGUGGCGGAGGAUCUUCUUUGCUUCUAAGAAAGUCAGGAGCAUCAUCUUGCUUGAUGUUCUGACUAUCAUCUACGGUACGAGCUAUCCUUCAUCCGCAAUUUCCUCUGUCUUUCUGGUCUGGUAACAUCGGAGGACAUUGCCAAUUGCCCGUGAUGGGGAUGUGAUUUGGCAGUCCUCUUUAUUGAUGAGCCCAGUGCUACAAUCAUUACUUUUCCUCGUCUUAUAUUGCAAAUUUGGACGAUCCUCAUUGUUGGAUCUCCCUCGAGGAUGCGUUUUGCCAAUUGACAUAUUGAACAAGAAAACAUUAAUACCCAAUUUCUUUUUUUGAAGUCAUGAAUUCUAAUCAAUUAAAUUUUAGGCAUGGUCUAUUUUUUUCCGCUGCAGUCACCACUAAAGUUCAUGGUUUUUUUUUUUAUCCUAGUGCUAGAAAGGUGCUUCUUCCGAAAUCCAGAAAACAUACUUUCUGUGAUUUAUUCGCUUGUUGAAUCUAAAGUAGUAUGGAAUCAGUCAUAUUGUUCAAUGACCGAGUCCCACUUACUUUUCUAGCUAGUGAUAUUCCUCUUCUGAAGGAGGUCGAAGCCAUUGUUGAUCCUGCACUUUUCAACAUGGUCCGGUUCGUGAUUGCUGCCCUUCCUUUUCUGCCAUUUGUCUUGUGGGCUCGUGGGGAUAGGAAAACUCUUUCCUCUGGCAUAGAGUUGGGCUGCUGGGUCAGCCUGGGGUACCUCACCCAGGCCCUUGGGCUGCUGACUUCUGAUGCUGGACGUGCAUCCUUCCUCUCAGCGUUCAUGGUGAGCUCUCCUUCUUCGUUGGCAGUAUCCGUCUCUCUGUCUUUGGUUUAUGAGAGGAUUGUGAACUUUGAGGCAAGGAGAAUAAAAAAUCUGAAAAUCUUAAUUCAUCAGGUUAUCACGGUACCCUUGAUAGAUGGCCUGUUCGGAUCAACAAUUCCUGUUCUUACUUGGUGUGGAGCGAUCAUUUCUCUCAUCGGGGUUUGUAUGCUGGAAUGCAGUGGAUCUUCUCCAAACGUUAGUACACCUGCCCCUAUUAUUCUCUGUAGAUCUGCAGUCUUCUCAUGGGGAUUGAAACCUCUGUGGAUCAACAGUCUUCUCAUGGGGAAUGAAACUUGGUGAUCUCCAGGUUGGGGAUUUCUUGAACAUGCUGAGUGCUGUAUUUUUUGGCAUUCACAUCCUCAGGACGGAACACAUCUCCCGAGUCACCAAGAAAGAGAGCUAUCUUUCUCUUCUCGGAUAUCAGGUCCGAAGAUGUCUCAUUUCCCAUCAUCCUUCGAUUAUAUCCAUUCAUUCAGGGAUUUAAGAGAAGCAUCCUGGUGCAGGUGUCUGUCAUCGCCUUGUUUUCAGUGGCCUGGUAUGUUUUCAGAGAAAUGUCUUAUAAUGGGCAAGAAGAAACCUUGAUAUCAUGGCCAUCGUGGGAUUGGAUCAUCUCCUUUCCGUGGAUUCCUGCUCUCUACACGGGCAUUCUCACAACUGGGUUAUGCCUAUGGGCGGAGGUAUUUUUGUCAGAUUUUUCUCUUCUAGCUUGCCAUCCUCUUGAGGCUGAAAGGACUAGUCUUCUCUACGAUUCUUCACGCUGAAUACUAUUAUUUUUAUUGAUGUAGAUGUCAGCCAUGCGUGAUGUAACGGCAACUGAAACAGCAAUUAUCUAUGGGCUGGAGCCAUUGUGGGGUGCUGCCUUUGCAUGGAUUCUCCUGGGUGAACGAUGGGACACCGUUGGGUGGAUUGGAGCUGCUCUGAUUCUGAGUAAGAUGGUCUAUUUAGUACUCAUACUUCUUAAAAGAAUUGAAGGUUUAUGUCCGCAUGUGCCUUAUAAAACAUAUGAUUUUUCCUAAUUUUGGCAUGCCAGUGAUUGCUAGAAUGGUUCCACACUAAUUUUGGCACCCCAGGCUGAUUUUUUGUGCUGAACAGUCUUAUCCUUUGACAUAAUUCUAGGGCUGAAAAUCGUAUCUCUGGUCACUUGAAUAUUAAAAGUCAACCCUAUCGUUAAAAAUAUAUGAGCAAUUUCUUCACAAAUGGAAAACAUAAUACCCCACGUUAUGGUGGAAGACUUCAACGAACGCCCCUCCACCUUGGGUUUCUGUAUAAUUUAUUUUAUAUCUUUUUAGGGCCGAGCACCCUACAGACGUUGACUUUUCUUAUAUUGCUAAUUUGGUUUGACGCCUUAGUCUCUUGUGGUUUUCCAGGUGGGAGCUUGACCGUUCAGAUCUUUGGAUCAUCUCCAGAGAAGUCCAAAACAGACGGUGGCAAGAGAAUGACAGAUAAGCUCAAUCUCUCAGAUGGGUCGAAGGACUUAUCUUUGUCCCCAGUCGUCAUCGACUCCAGGAAGAGAGUCAGAGACCUCCCUGACAAGUGAGCUCCUCCUGAACUAUACGAUUUUAUAGUUCUUCUUCCAUCUCCAGGAUCCACGGUCUCUAAUGGUCGUUGCCUUCUCACAGGAUGGGCAAAUUAUGACCGGCAUAAAUAUGAGAAACUACUAACACAUAUCCCAGAGUAUAUGUUACAUGUAUUUCUAUGUAUAGAUAUUUAUUGAGACCCAUCUGCUGCUGCUGCUGCUGCAAUCUGUUCAAGGUAACGUGAAAGUCAAACUUUCCCAGUAUCUGAAGGGAGAACCUGCGCAGUCUUUUCAGGUAUAACAUGUGGGUUUUACGGACAUUGUUUGCAGGAAAGAGAAAUAG